UCCCCACACUGUGCAGAGCGCUGUGCAGAGGUCUGCAGACAAUCAGAGACCAACACCUCUUCAAGGCUCACUCUCACACACACUCUCUCUCUCUCACACACACACUCUCUCUUUCUCUCUGUUUUUGCAAUUGGGGUUAACUCUCACAUUAGUCGCCGGUCUUCUGUCUACUUGUGUGCUGUGUUUUCUUCUACCACUGACAGGCUGGAUUAAUAGACUUGGAUCCUCGGAGAAUCUGGAAAUAUGAGGAUUUGGGAAAGGGCUUUUUUCUCCUCCUCAGUGAUUUUACAGCUUUAUUUCACAUGUGUGAGGGCCCAAGGGACCGUGUACGACCUGAUGGGAUCGGCAGACUGCUUAGCUGACCUGUUGCAAGGUGGGCUCCGCAACAGGGGGCUGAACGAAGCCUUCAUACUGGCCACCUUCCAGAUGAGGAACAAGGCUCCAACACACGUCUUCAAGAUUUACAACCCGCAAGACAACAGCGAACACUUGGACUUUGUGGUGCAGGGGAAGCUCAACAAAGCCACCCUCCGCUACCAGAAGCCCAAUGGCAAGAUCGGCCAGGUGGUGCUGGGCGACAUCUCGCUGGCGGAUGGGCGGACGCACCACCUGAUGGUCCAGAUGUCGGGCCUGCUGGUGGGCAGCCCCAGGACGGCCGUCUACGUGGACUGCCAGCUGCUGCAGACGGUCGACGACCUGCCCGCCGCCUUCAAGCCGGGCGUGUCCCCGGGCCACAACCAGGUGGCCAUCAAGAAGAUGCCGUCUACCUCACAGGACCAACUGUCCGAGUUUCAGCUGGUGAUUGAGGACACAGUUGAGCAUGUUGCUUCUCUCCAAGACUGCAACUUCCACCAGAGUGAAUCCCUGCAGCUCCCGCUGCAGCUUGUGGGAUAUACCACAACAAAAAUUGAGUCUCCUGAGAUGUUGAUCCUCACAAAGAUGAUCGCAGAACUCAAAGAAAUGCUCCUGCAAGAGAUGAAGGAUACACAGUACCUGAAAAACAAGCUGGACCAAUGCCUGCCAUGUGACGGUUCUAGCCCGACCCCGUCUGGCAUCCGCAGACCAGACAACGACGGCAGCGGCGGCUGCGGAUCUGGAUCCCAGAGGUGCUUCGGAGGUGCAAAGUGCGUCCAGACGGCACGAGGGUUCGAGUGCCCACCCUGCCCAGAGGGAUACACUGGGGAUGGAGUGAACUGCGACGACGUGGACGAGUGCCAGUUCAACCCGUGCUUCCCUGGCGUGCGGUGCGUCAACACGGCGCCAGGCUUCCGCUGCGAGAGCUGCCCGCGGGGCUACACCGGACCAGAGGUGCGCGGAGUCGGCAUCGCCUACGCACAGAGCAACCGCCAGGUCUGCAAUGACAUUGAUGAAUGCCUGGUUUUCAACAAUGGAGGCUGCACACCAAAUUCCUACUGUCACAACACCAUGGGUUCAUUCCGCUGUGGCAACUGCAAGGCUGGCUACAGUGGGGACCAGACGAGGGGUUGUAGAGCCGACUCCAUGCCCAGCAGGCAGAAGGACCGCACGUGUGCUAACGGGCAGCCCAACCCCUGCGACGAGAACGCAGAAUGCAUCGUGGAGCUGGACGGGAGCAUCACCUGUCAGUGCAAAAUUGGAUGGGCUGGCAACGGCUACGUAUGUGCCAAGGACACCGACAUUGAUGCCCACCCUGACACUUCCCUUCCCUGCCAAGAUGAGCACUGCGCCAAGGACAACUGUGUGUUUGUGCCAAACUCUGGCCAAGAGGAUGCGGACAGAGAUGGACUGGGGGAUGCAUGUGACGACGAUGCUGAUAAUGAUGGAAUCGUGAAUGUUGAGGACAACUGCUGGCUGACACCAAACAGAGACCAGAAGAAUAGUGACAAAGAUCUCCAUGGAGACGCAUGUGACAACUGCCGCCUGCUCGACAACCCUGACCAGCGGGACACGGACAAAGAUGGCCUUGGGGACGCUUGUGACGAUGACAUGGAUGGAGAUGGGCUGAAGAACAUUCUGGAUAACUGCCCGAGGGUGCCCAACGUUGACCAGCUGGACAAAGACAACGAUGGCGUGGGUGAUGCCUGUGACAGCUGCCCAGAUGUGCCAAACCCUAAUCAGUCCGAUGUUGAUGAUGAUCUUGUGGGAGACUCCUGUGAUACCAACAUUGACAGUGAUGGAGAUGGUCAUCAGAACACCAAGGACAACUGCCCUGACGUCAUCAACAGCUCUCAGCUGGACACUGACAAAGAUGGCCUUGGAGACGAAUGUGACGAUGACGAUGACAACGAUGGGGUCCCUGACACCACGGACAACUGCAGACUCGUGCCGAACCCUGACCAAAAAAACACCAACGGUGGCAUAUAUGGCGACGCAUGCUUUGGUGACCUUGACCAUGACAAGAUCAUCGACCGCAUUGACAGCUGCCCGGAGAACGCAGAGGUGACAAUGACAGACUUCCGCGCCUUCCAGACGGUGGUGCUGGACCCCGAGGGAGACGCUCAGAUCGACCCCAACUGGGUCGUCCUCAACCAGGGUAUGGAGAUUGUCCAGACAAUGAACAGUGAUCCCGGCCUUGCUGUGGGCUACACGGCCUUCAACGGCGUGGACUUUGAGGGCACGUUCCACGUGAACACGGCGACGGACGACGACUACGUGGGCUUCAUCUUCGGCUACCAAGACUCCUCCAGCUUCUACGUGGUGAUGUGGAAGCAGACGGAGCAGACCUACUGGCAGGCCGUGCCCUUCAGGGCAGUGGCAGAGCCGGGCAUACAGCUCAAGGCAGUGAAGUCUAAGACGGGGCCUGGCGAGUACCUGCGCAACUCCCUGUGGCACACGGGCGACACGGGCGACCAAGUGCGCCUGCUGUGGAAGGACCCCCGCAACGUGGGCUGGAAGGACAAGGUGUCCUACCGUUGGACCCUGCAACACAGGCCCCAGGUUGGAUAUAUCAGGGUGCGUUUCUACGAGGGUCCCUCGGUGGUGGCUGACUCUGGCGUGGUGAUUGACACCAGCAUGAGAGGAGGUCGUCUUGGAGUCUUCUGCUUCUCUCAGGAAAACAUCAUCUGGUCCAACCUCAUGUACCGCUGCAACGACACCAUCCCAGCAGACUUCCAGGAAUACAGCGCGCAGCAUCUGGGCAACAAGUAAUCAUCACAGAUGAAGGAGAAGGAGAGGAUAAUGACAGAAAAACAAGAUGGAGGCCUGGUCACCGGGCAUUAUGGGGGAUGGAACAAACCCAGCAUGUGUGGAAUGACUUUUUUUGCUCAUUAGUUCUAGCUCUUCCACCAAAUGUCGAGAGAGAGAGAGAGAGAGAGAGAGAGAGAGAGAGAGAGAGAGAGAGAGAGAGAGAGAGAGAGGAAAGGGAGGGGGUGAGAAAGGAUUUCGUAACAUUAAUAUUAAGCUUUUUCUGAAUAUUACGUUGACACUAUUAGGUUGGCACAUAAUAUUUUAAGUUGUUUUUUUACUCUCCAUGUUUUGAUGUAAACCAGACACACAAGCUAUAUCAGAGUUGUUUACCGACAGUGUUACAUUUCUUUUUUAUAUAUAUUUGUGGUCUGAUUCACCAGCACAUGAUUCUUUAAGAUGUCACUGAAACUACUUUGUACAACUACUUUGAAAUAAAUUCAUAAAUUAUUUUAAAAACAAAACAGCCCCUUCCUAUUGAGUAAGAUUCCACAGCUCAGCACUCUCACCAACUUUUUGACGAAAAAAGACAUUUCCAUUACCAACACACAAAACACAAACAACACAAGUUUCUGUUUGUAUCUUUUUUUUAAUAGUUCAUCAUUAAAAAGACAUUUGACUUCAGUACAGGACAGGAGUUUGUACUAGUUUGUAUGCGGCUUAAGGCUCAGGCAUGGCAGUAGUGAUGGUCUCAUGGCUAGUCACCUCAAUCUAUUCUUGACAGAUGCAGCUUCACUACCAAGAACCCUCCAAGUGUACAGGACAAUUAUUUUGAAACCAUCCUAAAAACACUUACCUAAAAACAUGAACAAGAAUGUUUUUUUUUAUCUACCCAAGGUAUGAUUUAGAUGGCAAUGAUCAACCUACAACUAGUGGCCAAUGUGUCUGUACACAUCAAUCAAAUGUAUGCACAC